CUUUUCAGGGACAUCUAGCCCAGGCUCGUUUUCUGCCGACUUUUUCCCUUGCGUUUUUGUGAAAGAGCAACACAACGAGCACGCGUGGACGAGGUCGCUGCAUUCAGCGCAAAAAGGUUCCUUCUGCUUCCUUCUGUUUCCUCCGUCGUUGUCUGUCAACUGGAAAGGUCCUCUCGGGUCAGGCUCCGAGUCUGUUUGUGUGUUUCCCCAAGAAGGACUCUCCCGCGGCUCCUUUUUUUCGCCUGUGUGCUGCCUCGCUGCUCGAGGCAAAGUCCAAGCAUCGAGCUGUCGAACUGCUUCUGUGCUUCUCUCUCGCCAUCCACUUCAUCAGAGCCUGAACGGGCGCCCCUGGAUUUCCUCGAGACCGCCACCCACUUGCAAGUUUCGUUGCUUCUCCACGAAACUCGAAGAUGAAGAGAAGGCGGCGUUCCUCCGUCUCUUCUUCGAGGUCUCCCUCCGCUGGCUGUUCUUCUCAUCUCUCCGGUUCGUCUGUCCCUUGGCUCUCCUCCCGAAUGGACUGUCUGCAGCGAGAAACUCCAAUCCUUUCUCCCCCACCCGCCCAGAAGCUGAGACGGUGUUCCCCGCUGCGAGCUCCAAAUAGCUCUGUGCCUUCUCGAGUUCCUCCGCUGGCUGUCUCUGUCACUCUCUGCCUCGCGCUUCUCUCUCUCCUUCUAACGCAAGAAAAAAGCGGAUGCCUAUUUGCGGACGCGGAGCGCCUACACGAAACCGCGACGGCGGCAGAGCGUCCUUCUUCCAUCUCUGCUUCGCGUUCGCGCCGCGCCGUCGCCACGCUGCCUUCCGGGCAGUCUGUGCAUGCGCAGGCAGAGAGCUCCUUGCAAGGCGAGGGGUCUCACCGCGAGAUGGUGACGCGCGUCGAGAUUCUUCUGCGAGGACAGAAACGCAAAUGCAGAGGUAGCGGGAUGGAGCCGACCGAGCGCGCCUGCUCUCCCUCCGCUCCUGGCGAGACGGAGAAAGCGAGCGAACGACUUCCCCCACUCGCCUGCCACGUCGAGUGUACGUACACCUUGAAGAACGUCGUCUACGUGGACCCAGACCAGACAUGGGAGUUGGGGAUCGACGCGAACGAGGAUGCUUCUCGGUCCGGGGACUCUCUGUCUCCUUCCGAGCGGCUGUCACCGCGAAUCUCGACCCAAGUUCUCGAGGACUUUGUAGACGUCGAACUCCCUGUCUUUUCCCCCGUCCUCUCCCCGUACACUCGGACGAGGCAGAAGACGCUGGCGCCGGUGUUUCUCCGCAGGCGUCCUGAAGAGGACGUUUUGUGUUCUUCUCCCGCGGGCGACUCUUGUCAAGAGGCGCGGAAAGGCGGAGCAGAGACAGCAGAGGCCUCGGAAGAGAUCUACGCGGCGUCUCUCGCCUUCAGUCUCCCGUUCCACCUCCGCUACGACGCUGCAUGUGCGAGCUGUGCAGGUCACACCCACCACGUUCUGUCGCCUCCUCGCGUUCGCGUCCACUGUCGACAGCCGCCGGGCGAAGAAGAGGAGAGAGCGACGCGGAACGAAGGAGAGGAACGAGAGGAAAAAGCAAAGCAUAAAGAGAAGAAAGGACGAGAGGGAGAGGAGAAGACAGAAGAGCAGGAGGGGGCGGAUGAGCAGCUGACAAGUGUGGCGUGUGAAGGCGAGCUCUGUGUUGUUUCCUUGGUCUUCGAGGCUACUGUGGCGAGGGAGGUAGGCAAGGCGAGAGCAGAAGAGAGAAGAGAACUUCCAUCCUCCACCGCGGAGACGGAGACUUCAGAAAGCGGAACAAACACACAAGAGACAGACGGGCUGUAUCUCCAGGUGCCUGUCGGCUUCCUUGCCCACUUCGUUCCGGUCGUCUGUCUGACAGCUCUCGCAGUCGCUGUUUUUUCCGGUGGAACUUUGGCUGCUCUCCUCCUCGCCGAGCGACAUGGAGACGCGAAGCCGGAAGUCUCGGAGGUCGACAGCGGCGAGGAAAGUCUGGGCGCAACACGGUCUGAGACGAGAAGGUGGAAGGAGACAAGGACAUGCACAGAGAGAGACUGAAGGAACGAGGUGCGCCCUCAGAGGAGGAAAAACAAGCUCUUCGCAAGUGAGGAAGGGCCAACGACGAGAGCAGAGAGAGACCGAGGGGAGCCAAGGCGGAACAGACAGAGGAAAGCCGGUGAACGGACAUGCGCAGGAAGCGAGAGGCCUUCUGGAGUGAGCACGAGAGAGAAAUCCAGUGGACAGACACGGAGGCAGACACAGUCCACAGGAGGCAAAGACGCGACACUGAAAGUCAAGCUCGAGCCGCAGCACGCGAGUUGUUAACCCACAUACGGGGCCUAGGACGUACAAAAAACGCGAAUUUCGCCGUGAACAACCUCCCGUUUCUUCAACGCACGAAGGUCCACAUGUGAUCUACAGAGUCUCAC